GAUCCUCAUUUCGACCAAAUUCAUUCAGACCCAAAUCGAGGCGGGGAAGGGGAGAGGUAGCGGCGUGGAAGGGGGAAAUCGCCGCCGUGGUCGGAGGCGAGCCCGUCCGCCGCGGUCGGAGACGAGCCCGUCCGCCGCGGUCGAGCGUAGAUCGCUGCGCCCUUCUGCUACCUGCGAGUGGGGGGCUGCGGGGCUGCGGGGCCUCGGGGACCUGGGGGCGGCAUCUCCAUUGUUGUACGUCGAGCUCGUCCUCAAGCUAUGGGUAAACUUCACACAAACUUUGCAAGUAGAGACAUAGAGGAAGAUUUAUCAGAAGAUGAUUUAUCAGAAGACAACGAAGAAAACUUCUGCAAUCCUGUGUCUAAGGACAAUAUGAGAGAUAGCAAUUUUGAUAAGGCGCUCAUCGAGUUUUACAUGAAACAUAAAGUUAAGAGCCUUAAACGGAAAAUAAUGCAAAGCAACAUCCGUGAUAAUCCAAUACCUGCAUAUCAGUCUAAGAAGUCAAGGAUGGAGAUUGCAGACAGCAAAGUGUGUACAAGGUACUCUGGAAAGUUGUUUUCAACGGUAAUCAAAGCAUUGACUGAUAAGCAGAUUUCUGUAAUCAAACUCUAUGGAAUGGAAUGCAUGUUGAAGUUUGUGAAAACAGAUGUCCCGCUUAGAUUUGUGAAAUGGAUAGCAAGUGUAUUUGACACCAAUUCUUCUGAAAUUCAGUUAACAAAGAAAUUCAUUCCUGUUAAUAAGCAAACAAUCCAUAAUAUUCUGGAUCUUCCUAUUGGUGGUAUUGAACUUGUCUCUGAUUGUGAAGCUGGCCGUGAAUUUCUGUUGUCUCAUUUCAAAGUAACUUCCAUUCCAAAUGUCAACUUCUUUGCCAACAAGCUCAUCUCUGGGGAAGAGUUGUCAGAUGAAGAUAUUUUCAUUUGCUUCAUGUCAGUUUGUUUCACAAGCUUCUUGUGUCCAAAUUCAAGCCUCUUACCAAGCACCCAGUACUUUCACAUUUUCAAAGAUUGUAAAAGUUUUGCGAGAUAUGAUCUGUCCAAGUUUGUAUAUGACUGGCUAAUUACUAGCAUACGAAGUUUCAAGGAGGCGACAAAGAAAUUAUCAAAACGUACAAUCACUUUUGGGGGGUGCCACUAUGCUCUAGCUGUGAGUGUUUUAUUCUGGUCCUUUUAA